AUGUCGACCGAAGCAGCGCCUUCUCAGCCCAAGCCUAGCCAGACCUACGAGGCGGGGUGCCACUGCGGCUACAUCAAGUUCAGCGUCACGCUGUCGCCUCCCCUGCCGGAGUAUAAGCCCUUGCAAUGCAACUGCUCUGCGUGCCGCCGGUUCGGCUACCUGCUCGUUUACCCUAGCCGCGAGAAUGUCAAGUUCCACGGCGAUGGAGAGUCGAAGGUGCAGAGAUACCGCUUCAACACCAAGGAGAAGGACCAGAUGUUCUGCGGGAAGUGCGGCGCCAGCCUUGGGAUCGACUUCAGGGACUUCUACAAAGAAAAGUGGACUGGAUAUGGGAUCAGCGUCCGCACGUUCAACGGCAUUGACCUCGACACGCUGGAGUUUAGGAAGGCCAAUGGGCUGCAGGAGAUCCUUCCAGCGGGUGAUUUGUCUGGCAUGUGGCACGAAGAAGGCGCGGAGACAGUGACGAAGACUGUCUGA